UUUUCCACUUGUCCGGUAUCAAACAGAUAUUCAUAUUCUUCUUCCCGAUUCACUGCUUCGACCGUACAGACACACACGGAUAAAUAGACUGAUUUAGUCAAGAUUAGAUAGAAGAAGCUGAGGACAAAAGAAAAAUGGGACAUGGAAGCUCCAAAGGUUUUCCAGAAUCAUCCGAGGAAGACGAUUCACAGUCGCACUCGCGCCGUUCUCGAUUGAAGAAUAAACUUCAUAUUCACCGCCGUCAUCUACGUCGCAUCUUCCGUCGUUCCAAUGGUAACGGCUCUACUCCCGGUUCUUCUUGUCUUAAGCUUGUCUCUGCUGAAGAUUUCGCAGGAAUUGCUCUCCUUACUCUUAUGAGCGCGGAGAUGAAGUUUAAAGACAAGUGGCUAGCUUGUGUUUCUCUUGGAGAGCAAACUUUCCGUACAGAUAUUUCUGACCAAACAGAAAAGCCUGUUUGGAACUCAGAAAAGAAACUUCUUUUGGAAAAAGAUGGACCUCAUGUUGCUAGAAUCUCUGUAUUUGAGACCAAUAGAAUAUCAAAGAAUAAUCUUGUAGGCUACUGUGAGAUUGAUCUACUUGAAUUUCUAACACAGGAUUCAGAUUCUGACUUUGAGGUUUUUGAACUUUUUGAUCCUUCUUCAUCUGAUAUAGUUGGCAAAAUUUCUCUUUCGUGUUCUGUUGAGGAUCCAAUUGAAACAGAGAAAAGAUUUGCCAGACGCAUCUUGGCAAUUGUGGACUAUAAUGAAGAUGGACAGCUUUCAUUCUCCGAGUUCUGUGACUUAAUUAAGGCUUUUGGCAAUCAGUUGGCAGCUAACAAGAAAGAGGAGCUUUUUAAAGCUGCCGACAAGAAUGGGGAUGGUGUUGUGAGCAUGGAUGAGUUGGCUGACCUUCUUGCUAUUCAACAGGAAAAAGAGCCUCUUAUUAAUUGUUGCCCUGUUUGCGGUGAGAUUCUUGAAGUGUCUGAUAGGCUAAACACUGUGGUUCAUUUGAGUCUCUGUUUUGAUGAAGGGACUGGAAACCAAGUUAUGACUGGAGGAUUUCUAACUGACAAGCAGGCUUCAUAUGGGUGGAUUUUUAAACUGAGUGAAUGGGCACACUUUUCAUCAUAUGAUGUCGGUUUAAACCUUGGGUCCAGUGCUUCACAUAUCCUGGUAUUCGAUCGGAAGACAAAGAGACUAGUGGAGGAGUUGAUUGAUGGAAAGAUUGUGAUGUCAAUGAGAACAAUUUACCAAUCAAAAAUAGGACUUCGCCUUAUGGACAAAGGGGCUAAUGAUCUUUUGCGUAGCAUUUCUGAGAAGCAGGGAAGGAAAAUGAACUCAGCUGAAUCUGCAAAGCAAAUCCCAAAAUUUAUUGAAUCUUUUAAGGAUCAAAUCAAUUUGGCUGAAAUCAAGUACCCUUUGGAACAUUUUAAGACUUUCAAUGAGUUUUUCAUAAGGGAAUUAAAGCCAAGCGCAAGACCAAUUGCUUUCUUGGAACAUGAUGAUGUUGCCAUAUGUGCAGCUGAUUGCCGUCUGAUGGCAUUUAAAAAUGUAGACGAUAGUUCAAGAUUUUGGAUCAAGGGGCGAAAAUUUUCCAUUGAAGGACUUCUGGGAAAGGAUAUAUGUUCUAGCACUUUUGUUGAUGGAGCUUUAGUCAUAUUUCGAUUGGCACCGCAGGAUUAUCAUCGUUUUCAUACUCCAGUUUCUGGAACCAUCGAACAGUUUGUAGAUGUGCCUGGACAUUUAUACACAGUUAAUCCUAUUGCUGUCAAUAGCGAGUAUUGCAAUGUCUUUACCGAGAAUAAGCGGGUUGUAUCAAUAAUUUCUACUGCAGAAUUUGGAAAGGUGGCAUUUAUAGCAAUUGGAGCGACUAUGGUUGGCAGCAUCACCUUUUUGAAAAAGGAGGGUGACUACAUCAAGAAAGGAGAUGAGCUUGGAUAUUUCUCAUUUGGUGGAAGCACUGUGAUUUGUGUCUUUGAAAAGGAUGCAAUUCUAAUUGAUGAGGACCUCCUAGCCAAUAGUGCAAGAUCACUUGAGACGUUAGUUUGUGUUGGGAUGAAGUUGGGUGUUGCUGCAAGGAGACGAUCCGAAAUCGAUUUGCCAAACCUGGAAAAUUGUGAGAUAAGAGCUUGAACGUGGCAGGUGGAGUUCUAUGUAAAUGUUGUAACCUGCGGCAUAAGGUAUAUUGAUGCCUUGGUAGAUAAGAGCUUGCUCAAACAUUUCGCAUCGUUUAUAUUCACGUGGUAAGUGGAAUUCUAUGUAAAUGUUAUUCCGUAUGCCAUAGGCAUAUUGAUACUAAUUUGUUUGCUUUUUAUUAUCCUUUUUCUUAAAAAAAGUUCCAUGGACCUUUCUACUGUUUAA